CACUCUCUCUCCAUUCUCUCCCUUACAUUUUCAUGGUGGGACGAACGGAAAACGCAGCGUCGCCGGAACGAAGAUUGAAGAACGUAAUCAUCACAUAGAGAUUGGAACAGAAUUAGAGUUUCGCGAUUGUUCGAACUCGAAGAAUGCCAAUCUGUAUGUACCAAAUUCGGAACGCGCACGCCUUAGCGGAUCCUGAGCUGCACCGUGCCGCCGAUAAAGAUGACUCUGAAGCUCUCCUUGAAGCAGUUGCAAUGGCUGGGCUCGUUGGUUUUCUUCGCCAGCUUGGCGACCUUGCUCAGUUUGCCGCUGAGAUGUUCCAUGAUUUACAUGAAGAAGUAAUGUCUACAGCUGCAAGAAGCCACAGUCUUAUCUCUCGUGUUCAGCAGCUCGAGGCUGAAGUUCCAGCACUUGAGAAAGUUUUUUUGUCGCAAACUCAUCAUUCAUCAUAUUUUACAAAUGGAGGGAUUGAAUGGCAUCCUAAUCUUCAGUCUGAACAGAAUCUUGUUACUCGCGGAGACUUACCUCGAUUUAUAAUGGAUUCAUAUGAAGAAUGCCGUGGUCCCCCAAGACUAUUCCUUCUGGACAAGUUUGAUGUGGCUGGGGAUGGAGCAUGUUUGAAGCGUUAUACUGAUCCAUCAUUCUUUAAGGUGGAGUCUACUUCUUCUAGAACAACAACAGUAGAAGUUCACAGGGAAAAGAGAAAUCGUAAAGUCAAGCCAAAGAAAGGAGCACAGCUGAGGAAUGGUGAAACCCCACAAGUUGUGCCAUCACAUUCAAAACUUCAUCAGUUGUUGCUUGAGGAGCGUAUUGAGAAUGCUUGUAGUGAUCCUGCUCGUCUUCUGAAGUUGAAAAAGAAACAAUUGAAUGGAUCUGCAGUUGAAGGAAAAACUGGGAGAAGUUACAUGGCGAAAAUUCUGGAAAAUCCCUCACCUGAUCUUAAAAUGGCUUCUGAAACUUCAAUUCCUCUGCCUGUGAAAUUGACGUCAGAUGAUACUAGUGAAAGUGGGAUUAAAAUACUUGAAAUCAGUAGCAUUACUCCUUUGAAAAGGUCUUUGGAAGAUGAAAACAUUUGUUCAUCACCAAAUGAGCAGGAGAUAGAACUGAAUCCAAACUCAGGAAGGGAUAGAGAGACAAAUGGAUAUAUUGUGAAGGUGCAUGAACAAAUCUCUGCUGGUGUGACAAAUGAAAUGUCUUCUAAUCAUCUCAAGGUGCCUGAUGAAAGAGAGUUGGUUUUUGAUGAACAAAAGAAAAGAGAAUAUAACUUAGAUGGCUACCAUUCUGAUGAUGUGACUAGUGAUGUUGAUGAUUAUAUGGAUGCGUUAGCUACCAUGGAUUCAGAAUUAGAAACAGACAAUGAGCGUAGACCUAAGAAAAGCUUUUUGAGUUUUCGAAAGAUAACUCAUUCAAAUGGCAAAGGAGAUCACCAACUGCAAGCUCAAUUUUCAGAUUCUCAAUCAUUUGGAGACUCCUCAACAUCUGAAGAAAUUAGUUCAUUGGAACAAGAUAGAAAUGGAGAUCUUAAUGAAGUGCAAGCUCAAUCUUCAGAUUCUCAAUCAUCUGGAACCUCUUGUGCAUCAGAUGAUCAUAGUUCAUUCAGAAGAGAUAGAAGUGCAGGCCAUACCCAACUGCAAGCUCAGUUUUCAGAUUCUCAGUCUAUUGGAAACUCCACAUCGGAGAUAGAAGACGUGCCAUUCAACCAGCUUUCCCAAACUGCUGAGUUACAAAAGACUUAUUGUGGUGAGUUUAUCACAUGUGAUGAUGCACAUGUUUUGGGAGAAGUGAUUUCUGAUUCUAGACCAGUCUCUUCUGGUUUGUGUCUGAUGGAUUCAGGAGAUUUAUUGCUGUCUUCAGAUCUUGGACCCACCUCACUGGUGUCCCAGCCUUCAGGUACUCAAUCAGAUGAAACAUCAUCUAGUGAAUAUGGUAAUCGUUCUGAGAUCAAAGUGUUGCAGGCAGAAUCUCAUAAUGAAUACUGUUCUGGAAUUUUGGUUAGUGGAGAUAUUGGUUCAAAUGGGGUGGAUCCUAUUUGCCCAUCUUGGGAAGUAGACAUGAAUUCAGGUACUAAGCGACUGCUUGGUGGCCACAAUUUAAAAUCUAGUGAUGACAUCUUAGCCACCCAAUUUAACUCAGAAGAUUUGUUUCCUGUUACAGAAACUACAAUGAAGAGAAGCCUUAUGAAGGAGCCAUGCUCUGAUUUUACCCACAGAAAUCUACAGAAUGAACCUGAGUUAGCAGAAGUUAAAGUUCUGUAUCCUGAUCAGCAGUCAAAUUUUGAGGAGGUACCAAGGAUAUUGCCUGGUGAUGAAAUUAGUGAAUCCCCGCGCAGUUUGGAUCUAGUUGAAGAUGAUGGUCAUAUUAAACAUCCAUCUUCAGAUAUCACAUCUUCAAUGACUAGUUUCACAAAGUUGGAAGAAUCUCUUUCUAUUUUUGCAGAUCUUCACAAGAAAGAGAUAAUAGUCAAUAAGGCAGUUAAUAGAGAAUCUUUGACAGAAUUAGCAGCAGAAAAGGCAGUAGAUCAACCAGAAAUUGUUUCUGCUGAUGCACAGUCGAACCUGAACAGAUCAGUUCCCUGUGAUCCUUCUGAUUCUGGAAUACAUAAUAAUAUUCAAAAUUCUCUUACGGAGAAAAUCCAAUAUGGUUCUUCUAUCAAUGACGUGAAAAUGGUGGCCAUAUGUUCAGAGCUAGACUCUCAGAGGUCAGAAUCUGUAUUUGUUUGCCAGAACAAUCUGCUAAACAUCAAAGAUAGUUUGUCACCACCUUCCUAUAAUCAAUUAGAGCCUGAAACCGAUUUACAGCUGCUCUUAAAACCAGAAGUCAGUCAACAGGAUGCAGGAUUCAGAAAUCAGGAAAAUUAUACCUUUGAGGAAUUUCAACCUCAACAGAAGCAGAUAUCAAAUCAGUGGGACCAAGAAAGAACCUACCAGCCUAUGUCUGAGUUUGCCGCUGAAACCAUUCCAGAUAAACAUUCAUGUGAUUCCUCAACAAAGUCAUCUGGGCAGGAUAUUAACCCAACAAAAUGUGUCAUGGAUCCAUUUAAGCCUCUUCUUCCUGACCUCCUACACAAGGCAACUAAAGUCAAUCUUGAGGAGAUGCCACCAAUGCCUCCUCUACCACCAAUGCAGUGGAGAACGAGCAAAGGUCAACUUGCUUCCCUAUUUACACACAGAGAAGAUGUAGUAAGACAAGCCUCAUUCCAACCAAUGCAGCCAACUGAACCUGAUGUUAAGUCUCAAUUUGGUUUAUCAACUUUUGAAAAAUCGACCUUGUUGUCUCAGUAUCCAUUUUUGCCUGUCAUGGCUGAGAAAAGUAAUAUGCACCAAAAUUCUUAUGGCUUUUCAGCAGGUGUUUCAGAGCAGCCUGUUGCUAUUUCUAUGCAAUUUCCAGAAAUGGUGAAUGAACCAAAUGGUCAAGACAAGUGCCUAGUUCUGGACAGAAGCCAAAUCCAGAACCCUAUCUUAACAUCACAAGACGGGCCUCCACUUGGAUAUGCUGUUGCUUUGGAAGGCAUACUGAAUUCAAGUUCAUGGCAAUCAAUAAUACCACCUUCUGAAUGUGCUGUUUCUGGGAUUGAUCCCAUUUUUCAGCAUGAAAAACCAACUCAAUCUCCAAGUCAAUUAGUGGAAAAUCCUGGUUUAGAAAGUAAAAUAGAGGGACCUGGAGAAUUGCAUUUGGUGCUACCUGCUGAAUGUCCUGUUUCUGGAGACGAUCCCAUUUCUCCAAAAGAAAAACCAAUUCUAUCUCCUAGUCAAUUAAUGGAAGAGGCUAGUUUAGAAGUUACGACACUUAAGCAGUCUUCAAUUAAUCUGGAAAGGGAAAGAGGAGAUCCUGCAGCCUCAACUGUAUCACCUCCAAGUAUACAAAUUGUGCAGCCCAAUCACAGCCUUCAUUUUUCAGAGGGAGAAAUGGUAUUUUCAUUGGACGCAUCUGCUCAAACAUCAGAUUUUGAUUCUGAAAUGCCAAAUGGAAGACCAAAGAAUAAGGUUCCUCUUCCCCAGAAUCCUGUAAUUGAUCCUGUUGCUGCUUUUGACAAAAGCAGGCUGAGGAAGGUCACUGAACGUGUUAUGCCUCAGAGAGCACCAAAGGGAGAUGAAAGAGACUCAUUGUUAGAGCAGAUAAGAACGAAGUCCUUCAAUUUGAGGCCUGCCAUGGUUAAACAACCACCCCGCAUUCAGGGUCCAAAAACGAACUUGAAGGUUGCGGCCAUCCUGGAAAAAGCAAAUUCAAUUCGCCAGGCAUUGGCUGGAAGUGAUGAAGAUGAUGAUGGAGAUAGUUGGAGUGACUCUUGAAUUUACUAUGCAAGAAAAAUGCCGUUCUAGUGCUCGUGAAAGUUUUUAUGUUGUGGUUUUCGCCCUGAAUCAGGUGUACAAAGUCAAUUAUACUAUGUAAUGAAUGGGAAAUCUACGUGAUAGAGUCAUAUAGAAUAUUCUUUAUAUGUGGUACUAUGGGCAGCACUUGUUCCCUCUCGAGUCCUCCCAAUUCACACUCAAAUGCAUAAACAUUAGAUCAAGCAUGCAGCGUGGCAUCAUUGCAGAGCCUCUAUCGGAGGUGAAACUCAUUUCCGUCAGACUCAGGAUCUGCGUGCAAGUGUUGGGUCUAACCAGACCAACAACCUAUCGACAAUUCUUUUUCUUCUCAUAUAAGAACUUGUAUAGAUAUGUGUUGAGGUUGUCAUGUUUUUUUUUAUUUAUCAAUUUUGUAAUUCUGUAAUGUAGUGUUUUUCUGGUAAUUGCCUCAUAUAUCAUGUAACUAGUUAAUUUGUGGGAUGAAAAUCUUCUCCCUACUCUCCCCUUCUAUUUUCCUCCAACGAAAAUUUGACAACUCGUUAAAUUUACCCAC